AUGGAACUUUAAGCUACUGAUAACUAGCCUUUAGUUGUUUAAAAAAAAGAAAAGAAAAAAUAAAAGCCAGUUGAGACUGCAGAGCUUAAAAGCCAUGAAAGCUACUUUAGUCCUAAAUAUUUUACAGAAGUUUUCAUAGAAGUCACAUACAAAUCUAUUCCUCGUUUGCUUAAUUAUGAGUUUAAUUUAUUGACGAUGUCUUUAAUUAACAUUUAUUUAUUAGGAUAAAAGGGAAAUUUACAUGAUAUAAAAAUAUUUGGUUUGGGCGAUAUUUGGGCUAGAAUUUUUGCAUAUUCUCUAAUUAAAUAUAAAAACAUGACAUUAUAGUAAGAGUGCACCAUCGCAUUAAGUGCUAAAAAUUAUUUUUUCGUUGGUAUUUCUUACUAGAGAAGUCUUUUCAUUGUAGGAUUAAUUUGCAUUUUUAGUGCUCCUUUCCUAUGCUUUUGGUGGAAAGCUCUUAUUCUCUUUGGUAUUGAAAAAGCUAUAGCAACUAAAGCUGGAGACUAUAUGUGGGUAUGCUUACCCUCAGUAUUUUGUUAUGGUUAUUAUGAUACUACAAAUAAUUAUCUGCAAUCAUAAAAUAUUCUUUGGCCAUAGUUUGGAAUACAGUUUAUCUAAGCAAUUGUACAUUAUUUUAUUGCUCAUACUAUGAUAAUAAACUAAAAUAUGGGAGUUUUAGGUGCUGCUUGGGCUAAAAAUUUUAGCGAUACUAUUUCUGCUGGUUUGAUUUAUGCCUUUAUUACCUUAAAGAAUCCAACUAGAAAGACAUGGAUUGAAUGGAAUAGUAGGGCUUUUGAUGGAAUUUAAGACUACUUAAAAUAAUCCCUUAGAAAUGGAAUUGGCUAGUAUGUCGAAGAAGUAGCUUUCCUUUUGUUAACUAUGAUGUCAAUGUAUUUAUCAGAUCCUGCAAAUACUGCUACUCAUAUCGCUUUAUAAAAUAGUGGUCUUUUACAUUUUAGUUUUUACUUAGGUUUUCACUUUGUUGUUAACAAUUAUAUCAACUCUUCUUUGUCAAGAGGGUUUGUUGACAGAGCAAAAAGAAAAGCCUUCAUGUGUGUUAUAACUUUAUUUUUUUGGAUUGGAUUUGUAAUGUUCAUACUACUUAAUAACAAGACAUAAUGGAGUGAGUGGUUUAGCUCUAACUCUGUUGUGCAGUAGAAUCUUUAAAAUUCCAUAAAAAUUUAUGCCAAGAUUGUUGUCUUGGAUGGAAUUCAACUAACAUUCUGUGCUAUUCUUAAAGCCUUAGAUCGUUUUAAUCAUAUAACCAUAAUUUACUCAGUUAGUUAUUAUCUCAUAGGAAUAUCAACAAGUAUAUAUCAAGGAUUCUAUCUAGGAAAGGGAGAAUACGGAAUAUGGACAGGUUGGCUUACGUCAGCUUCUGUUUCUUCUGUUGUCUUUUUCUUUGUGUUUGCUUUAACAAAUUGGUAAAACUAAUCUGUAUUAAUCAAGGCUAACUACAAUAAAGUUAUCAUCAAAGAUAUUAUUUCGUAUUAAAAACGCAAUUGA